AUCGGGCCUGCGGAGAGCUGCGAGGAAGUCCUGCCGCCGGACGUUGCCCAUUUCCGGCAUGGCGGCGGCGGCAUCACCCGCCGUGUAACAAUCCAGCACGCGAUUGGCUGGAGCGGGGGCGUGGGGCUCGCUGACUGGCUGGGAGGAGAGGCUGAAGGGUGUGAGGUGGACUUAGCAUCAUGACUUCCCAUUCAACAGCUACUCCCGAGGCCAGUGAAAGCACAAGGAAUGCAACGCUGGAGCGGUGCCUGAGUGUGCUCAGAGAUGCAAAACAUGACAGUGAGCAAUUUGCAGCCCUGCUCUUGGUGACCAAAGCAGUCAGAGCGGGAGACGUUGACUCCAGAACCCGUCGUCGGAUCUUUGAUGCAGUUGGAUUCACGUUCCCAAACCGGCUUCUUGCUUCCAGGGAGUCCCCAGCUGGCUGUCCAGAGCACAUGUUCCGAGCACUUGGCCUCACCCUCCUGGCAUGUUUUUGCACUGAUCCGGAGUUAGCCAGCCAUUCACAGAUCCUUAACAAAAUCCCGACCUUCAACAACAUCCUGGCUUCUCCAUCUGAUCCAGACGAUAUGUCCACCAGCUCCAUGAUCGAUGAUGUUUACCAGUGUCUGGGCGCAGUCAUGGGCACUCCCAGGGGCCCCAAAGAGUUGGUGUCCCAGGGAACCGUGUCAGCUCUGUGCCAGGCCUAUGUGAAUCGCAGUUACGGCUGUGACCGCGCCCUUGAGCUGCUCAUGGGGCUUCUAGCCACAGCAGAGACUAAGUGCUGGCAGAGAGCCACCCCUGACCUUAGGGCUGUGCUGAGCAGGCUCAGUGAGGAAUUCCACCAGGCUGAAGACAUGACCAAAUUCCAGCUGUGUGAUGUUCUGCCUCACUUUGUGUCUCCAUCGGUGCUGCUCACCCGGGACCAACAACUUUCUGAGUGCCUCUGCAACCUUUACAGAGGCCUGGUUAGCAUCCUGAGCAGCAAACUGAGCCAGUCCCAGCGUGACCCUGCACUGAAGCUUGCUGCCUGCCUCACACAGGCCUGUGGCUCGGAAUGGAUCCCAACGGAGAGGGCCGGGAGCAAGUUCCUGGCCCUGCUGGUGAACCUGGCUUGUGUGGAGGUCCGUCUGUCCCUGGAGGAGCUGGACCCAGCAGACGUGGAUGGGAAGCAGGAGGUAGUAACAGGCUGUUACACCCUUAUUGAGCUGGGGAUCCUGGAGUGCAUGAAAGAAGAGAAACCACGGCUGAAGGAGGCGCAGAAAAUGCAACUCGUGAGGAUAAUGGAGGAGGCGUUUGGGGCUGUAAUAUACUACCUGAGACAGGUGGGAGAGCAGAAGCUGAAGGAUCCUUUCAUAUUUGCCUCUGUUCGAAUCCUCGGUGCCUGGCUGGCUGAAGAGACCUCCUCCCUCAAGCAGGAAAUCUGCGACCUCCUGCCUUUCCUCAUUCAUUAUGCAAAGGCACUUUUCCAAGAGGGGGACAAAGCCAGGAGCGCAUCCCAGCAUGCGGCGGAGCUGUCUGGACCAGGCAGCCCUCAGGGCUCCGUGUGGCCCAGAGAUGCUCUAAGAUUUCUGCUACCUGGCUUGUGCCAUUUGACGGCAGAGGACCGACCUCGGGAAAUCCUUAUCUCAGAGGGGGCUCCAGCAUUGCUGUGUCAAUAUUUCCUGCACCAGUGGGAGUUGUUGGCCUCUGACCCCCAGACCUCUGCUCCUCCAGACAGCAUAGAUAUCAGUUUGCAAACCACCUGUGGAGUUUUCCUUAACCUUGUGGUGACCGCCCCAGACUUGGUCAGGCAAGACAGAUGCUUUUCUUCCCUGAUGGAUGCGCUGCUGAAGUCUCUCCCCGCUCUGCUUCCCCAGAGGGAUCGCCUUGUUCUAGCAGCCAAUGUUACCACGCUGGGCUUGAUGAUGGCCAGGAUCCUUGACGUUUCUCCAGCUCUCCAGGGGAUGCCAUCAGCCAAGGACUUCUUUGAAGCCGCUAUCUGCUUCCUUUCUCAGGCCCACGUUGCCCGGGUGGAUCCCGCCAGCCAGUGCUUGGCCAUGGCUGUGUCACCAGCCUAUGAGGCAGCCUGGGCAGACCUCAGUGAGCUGUGGUUCCUGGGGAUGCAGGCCUUUGCCAGCUGCGUGCCGCUCUUUCCCUGGCUGCCCCAAAUGGUCCUCCGGUCACAUUGGCUAGACGACCUCUUGCGGUUAUUGGGUCAAGCUACCCCGGUCUUGGUGGACUUUGAGCUCCUGACGGCAUUGCAGGGUGUCUUGCUGGAGCUGGCCAGAGCCAGCCAGCAAUGCAGAGAGGUGAUCGUCUUACAGCAGGGCAAGGAGCUGGCCAACCGUUAUGGCCUGGCAGCUUUAGAACAGUGCCUUUGUGAGCGGUGAAGGACGCCUCCUCCCACAGCCGCGUGCUGCGGGGGUGGGGGGAAUAAAGCCAGGCAUUUGAGAGAGGUUUUCCUAGCUCCUCACACACCUUUCAACCGUUUACUUCCAGGACGUGGGCACGAGGCGUUUAAGUAGCCAAACACCUCGUAAAAUUAGAGAGGUGCAGUCAGAGCUCAGCAGGGCCCGGAGGAGCAGGGUUUGCUCUGCCUGGCACCUGCUGUUCAGAAUAAUUGCUGCUUGGCUGCGUUUGGCUCUCUGCAUUCACAGAUUCGGGUGAGGGGAGUUGGGUCCCAACGGGGGAGAGGGCCGGCGUGAGGGUGCCCCUUCGAAAUGCAUUCUCUUCAGGACUAAUGAGGCUCUGGCGUUGCUGGGAAAGUGGCCCGGUGACCAACUCUUCCUGGAUUCCGUGUUCUGGGGGUGGUUUCCAAGGAGGUUUGUGUAUAAGGCUAACGAAAGCAGAGGCACUCGCUUCUCUCAAGCCUGAGCCAGGCACUGAGCAAGCUUGCUCUGCAAGCACAUGCCAAUGCAGGCCUACAGCUUUCCAGUCGUGGGCCACCCCACGGCUUUACGUCCCCGGUGACCAGCAGCACCCCCUGCUGGUCAAAUCUGGGCUCUCACACAGCUCUCUUAACAGACCUCCGUCCUGAACUGCAGCCCUCCCCUGCUCUGCGAGUCUGGGGCUCCCCUACCAAUGCACCUCAUCCCUAAAAUGAAGUCCCCACCAGCUUUAUGAAUGGAUCUCGGUCCUGAUCUGCAGCACCCCCUGCUAUUCUAGUCCUGCGGUCUCAGCUGAGCAACAAGGACAACCCUGUGUCAAAUGGUCUGGUGGUUCCAUGAUGCAGUGUGAGCAAAAUGCCACUAGGGCCUUGAUCCAAGAUGGCCACAAGUUCCCUUGUGACCUGAGCCUGCCUUGCCCUGGCAGCUAGUGAACUGGAGGUGAAAUGACUGCACGCUCUCCGAUCAAGCAGCGUGAUUGUACAGGGUGCAGCUGAGCUUUUGUUUCAAAAGGGUCAAAGCUGCAGUUAAUUUUGGUCUGUCGUUGUUGGCAGGUCUCUUUCAUUGUCAUAAGAAUGGAAGUUUAUCUCCCCGUUAAACCAGGCACUGCACUGGAGAGCACCCCCAGGCCAUGUGUAGAUGGAAUCCUGGGAUUUAAACUGCCCAGGAUGUUGAUUUUAUAUUUUCUCAUCUUGACCAAAGGAUUUUUAUUUGUCUCUCCCUGGGCUCUUGAAUGCAGCCUAUAAAUCCUGUGUUCCCAUGUGCGGGAUGGGCUUUGCCAUUUCCAAAAGAACCAAGGAAAACCUUGACCUUCUCUCCUUCUGUUGGCAUUUCAAAUGUUAAAUAAAGUGUUUUAAUAAAAGCCCAGUUGCAAUAGAA